CAGUGGCGCACUUCCGGUGUGACUUCACGUGCUGGGAAGUGAACAGGAGCCUGAGAGCGGUGAGACGUGCCGAGUUGCAGUGAAAUCGGCUGAAGCUGCUGGUGUGGUAACACCGUGAACUGAAAGAUCGCAGCAUGGAGGAGGGGAAGCAGAAGAGGCUGCACCACCAGCGCCACAGCGGCCCAAAGGCUGAGAAGAAGAGGAAGCGCCAUCUGAAGAACCUGGGGAUCGGCGAUGAAACUGACCCACGCAAGAGAAACCCCAAGGCCUUCGCCGUCCAGUCCGCCGUCAGGAUGGCCAAAACCUUCCAUAGGACACAGGACUUGAAGAUUAAAAAGCAUCAUAUUCCCGUGGUGGACCGCACUCCCCUUGAACCGCCGCCUAUUGUCGUGGUGGUGGUAGGACCCCCAAAGGUGGGCAAGAGCACUCUGAUCCAGUGCCUUAUUCGCAACUUCACCAAGCAAAAACUGACAGACAUCAGGGGUCCUGUCACCAUUGUUUCAGGCAAAAAGCGGCGUCUCACCAUUAUUGAAUGCAGGAACGACAUCAACAGUAUGAUCGACUUGGCCAAAGUGGCUGAUCUCGUUUUGAUGCUGAUCGAUGCCAGCUUUGGCUUUGAGAUGGAGACGUUUGAAUUCCUGAACAUCUGCCAGGUGCACGGCUUCCCCAAGAUCAUGGGGGUCCUCACCCACUUGGACAGCUUCAAGAACAACAAGCAGCUGAGGAAGACAAAGAAGAGGCUGAAGCACAGGUUCUGGACGGAGGUUUACCAGGGAGCAAAGCUCUUUUACCUGUCGGGGAUGGUCCACAGCGAGUACCAGAAGCAGGAAGUCCGCAACCUGGGCCGCUUCAUCUCCGUCAUGAAGUUCCGGCCCCUUGUGUGGCAAACAGCUCAUCCCUACAUCCUGGCCGACAGAAUGGAAGAUCUGACCAACCCAGAGGAGGUUCGCAUCAAUCAGAAGUGUGACCGCAAAGUCUCGCUGUAUGGCUACCUGCGGGGAACAUACAUCAGGAACAACAGUCAGGUUCAUAUUCCAGGUGUGGGUGACUUUAGUCUUCGUGAUGUCAGUUUCCUCCUGGACCCCUGCCCCCUCCCAGAACAGCAGAAGAAACGUUCUCUGAAUGAGAAGGAGAGGCUGAUCUUCGCCCCCAUGUCCGGUGUCGGAGGGGUGGUUUACGACAAGGAUGCUGUGUACAUCGACCUAGGGGGAAGCCACAUGCACUCGAAAGAGGAAGAGCAUGGGCCCACUCACGAGCUAGUGCAGAGCCUGAUUGCCACACACACCACCAUCGACAGCAAAAUGGCCUCCAGCAAAGUCUCGCUCUUCAAGGACUCCAAACCGUUGGCAUCGGAGGACGUGGAGGAAGCCAGAUGCCAGAUGCCCAGAGAGGAGAAAGUCAUUGAUCCCGAGAGUGGCCAAGUACGUCGCAAGGCCAUGUUUGAGGACGAGGAGGAAGAGAUGAGUGAGAGCGAAGGCGAGGGGGAGGAGAAAAGCGAGGAUGAGGCAGAGAGUGAGGAAGAGGCGGAGGAGAGAGAGGAUGAUGAUGACAGUGUGGAUUCAAAAAUAGCCACUGACCUGCGACCAGUUAAACGUUUGAGGCUGGAGGAGAAUCAGACGGGCAUUCCCGCCGAAAUGCCAGUGUUUGCGGAUAGUGAUGAUGACCUUGAAGAGGAUUCGAAGACCGAGGAGAGCAGCGACGAGGAGAAGGGUGACCGAGAGCAGGUGAACGAUACUGAGGAGGUUGAUUGUCUCCCUGAUGAUAAAAUAUCAAGGGAGCCAACAACAAAGUCCAGAACAAGUACAGGCACAGUUCUGGGUGGUAAAAGGCUUCCUAAAGUUGACUCGGGCAACUGCACAGAAGAGGAGCAAUCAUCAGAGGGGGAGGUCUCUGACAGUGGAGGUGAAGAUCUGGACUCCAAGGCAGAUCUGGACAGGCAGGCAGCAUUGAGCAGUCGAGAGGGGACAAAGGACAAGCCUCUGAGCCAGGAAGACAGCAAAAUUGAAGAACUUCUGAAAGAAGAGGAUUAUGAGGAACGUAUUGAUUCUACUGCAGAAACUGCAGGGUCGCUGAAGUGGAAGGAAGGCCUGGCCGAGCGAGCAGCUGAUUCGUUUCUACGGCGGCAGCAGUCGGUGACGAAUCUUCGCAAGCUGGUGUACGGAGCAGUGGCUGAAGAGAAUGAGGAUUCGGAUGAGGAGGAUAUCUUGGGAGGACUCUUCCGUGUCACCAGGUCGGACAGGGACUCCAGACAGAGGGCUAAUGGUCUGGACUCCUCGAAGUUCUUGGUGGAAAAGCCUCAAGAUUGGGACCUGGAGGAGGUGAUGAACUGUAUCCGAGACUGUUUUGUCACGGGAAAAUGGGAAGCGGACAAGGAUGCAACUGCUCUCCUGGAGGAAGAUGAUUCUUUGUACGGAACAUUUCAGGAUCUGGAGACAGGAGAUGUUCAUCAGGGGAAACCCAAGCAGGAGGAUGAGGAGGAGGAUGAGGAAGAUGAGGAAGAUAAAGCCAAUGCUGCACAUCCAGAAGACGAGAAACAGAAUAAGCGUUUGGCAAAAAAACGGAAGUUGAAGGAAAUGUUUGACUUGGAAUACGACGGAGGGGAAGGAACGUACUUCGACGAUCUUAAGGAUGAAAUGCAUAAGCAGGCCCAGCUUAACCGUGCUGAAUUUGAAGACCAGGAUGAUGAGAUUCGUGUCCAGUAUGAGGGCUUUAGGCCGGGAAUGUAUGUCCGGGUUGAGAUUAACAAUGUUCCCUGCGAAUUUGUGGCCAAUUUUGAUGCUCACUAUCCACUGAUUCUCGGAGGCCUGAAAAGCACUGAAGGAAAUAUCGGAUAUGUGCAGAUGCGUUUGAAGAAGCACCGAUGGCACAAGAAGAUCCUGAAGACGAGAGACCCUCUAAUCUUCUCGCUGGGCUGGAGACGUUUUCAGACCAUCCCUAUGUAUUACAUCGAGGACCACAAUGGAAGGCACAGGCUGCUCAAGUACACCCCCGAGCACAUGCACUGCUCUGCCUCCAUAUGGGGUCCCAUCACUCCGCAGGGCACUGGUUUCUUAGCAGUUCAAUCUGUGGCUGGGGUGACGAAAAACUUCAGGAUCGCAGCUACUGGAGUGGUUCUUGACCUGGACAAGUCUGUUACCAUUGUAAAGAAACUGAAGCUGAUCGGGUACCCAUUCAAGAUUUACAAGAACACUUCCUUCAUUAAGGGGAUGUUUAGCUCUAUGCUGGAAGUUGCUAAAUUCGAGGGUGCCGCCAUCCGCAGUGUAAGCGGGAUCCGCGGGAUCCUGAAGAAAGCGCUUCGGACUCCUGAAGGCGCGUUCCGAGCCUCAUUCGAGGAUAAGUUGCUGAUGAGCGAUAUUGUUUUCAUACGAACAUGGUAUCCUGUCACUUUGCCCACACUGUAUAAUCCAGUAACAUCCCUACUGAGACCCAGUGGUGAGAAGGAGACCUGGACUGGAAUGAAGAGCUUGGGGCAGCUUAAGUAUGACCUGGGUAUCAGAAUAAAACCAAACAAGGAUUCUCUCUACAAGCCCAUUGAGAGGCAGAAGAGGCAUUUCAAUCCCUUGCACAUCCCCAAGGAACUACAGAAAGCUCUUCCCUUCAAGAACAAGCCAAAGAUUCUCGGGGAGAAGGCCAAAGUGGGACGUGAUCGCCAGCGACCAGCAGUCAUCAGAGAUAGAUAUGAGCAAAAGAUCUCCGCCCUGCUGGGCGCUCUGAGUACCGUCCACGGACACAAAGUCCAGAAGGAGAAGGUGAAGCAUCGCCAGCAGCGCAAAGACUUUCUCAAGCAGAAGCGGAAACAGGAAGAAGACAAGAUUAAGAGGCAGAAGGAAGCUCGCAAGAAGAUCUACCGGGUCUUAGGACAGAAAGAAAAGCGUAAAGUGAAAUCCAGCCUGAAAGGACGUGAAGAAGCCUGAGCCUGACGCCUCAGUGGACCUCAGUACUCACCAAAUACCUGAACUUUCCACCAAAAUCAGACAGCAGGCUUCAAAUCAGACUGCGUGAAAUCAAUAGUAACAUCGUAGUCGCAAGGUCUAUCUGCCCAAACUUCUGAUCUGUUGAUUUCAAUCUCGCAAAACUUGGGAUGGUAGAAGUAGCUGAAGAGAUAAUUUGCCCUCUUGUUUUUCCAGUUGCUUGGAACCACACAGGAUGUUUUGACAAUAAUAGUCUUUGUGAAACACAGAGGUCAGAUUUCCAUUCUGUGGUGUACAGUGUAUUUAUGAAAUUUGUACCAUCAGUAAAAAAAAAUCCUUUUAAUCUUAAA